CGCGUGCGCAGGACCCGAUGGGUGCCCGGACGCGGAAGACCUGGCCCCGCGGAGGUUCCCGCUUCUGAAGCGUGGGAGGCGGAAGAGGCGGCAGGUUGUAGAUUUUGGUCUUGGCCCCAAGGGGUUCCUCCGGGCCAUUAGAACCCAAGAGAGGAAGAGGAGGCACCGCGGCGGCGGCUGAGGGGCCGAACCCCCCACCUGUCCUCCAGGCGGGGAGGGGGGGUAGGGAGGGGAGAAGCACCCCUCACAGGGCUGAGGAGCCUCCGGGACCGGGUCCCAGAGCAUGGGGGGCUGGACCGGGUCCCCGAGCAUGGGGAGCUGGAGCCGUCGAGGCCACCCGGCCGGGCCCUGCCCGACUGUCAGCUUUUCGGUGCUAGGGCUGCCCGGGCAGCCGCGGUGUUUGUAGCCCGGCCCCGCUUGAGGUCAUCGGCCGAAAGAUAGCAACAUGAGUUCCGCCGCUGCCUAGUUUCCUCCCCCUCCUCUUCUCCCUCUGUCCGCUUCCUUCUCCUUCCUCUCUCCUCUUCCCCGCACCUCGUCUUUUUCUUUCCCUCUGUCGUGUUCCUCUUUUCCCUCCACCCUGCCCUCCUCCUCCCCUUCGGUCCUCCUCCUUACCCCCAUCUUAUUCCUUUCCCGAUCCUGCUCUCCUUUUACCCUCUCUGUUUUCCUGCUUUUCCAUCUGUCCGCUUUUCCUGCCUCUUGUUCUUUUCCCUCCAUCCUUCUCUUUUCUCCAUCCUCUUCCUUUAUUCUGUCACCGUCCACCACCACCACUGCCACCUCCCCUUCCUCCUCCCCUCACUCUCUGUCAUCCUCCCUUCCUCAUCCUCAUCCUCGUUCCCUCCUCCUCCUCUCCUGCUUUUCUCCGCCCCAGCCCCCGCCCCCAAGCCUCCGCCCCUUAGCCCCCGCCCCCAGCUGCCAGUCCCCAGCAGCUCAGUCCUGCAGUGAGAGUCUUGGGAGUCCAUAGCUAAGCACCAGGAGCUGAGCCCUGUCCGCUGUGCCUGCCUGCAAGUCUCCGACAUGGCUCAGGAGAAAAUGGAGCUGGACUUUGAGCCUGAUACAUCUGAUGGGGGCACCCUGAGGAGAUCCAGCAGCGCUCCCCUGAUCCAUGGGCUCAGUGACCUUUCCCAGGUUUUUCAGCCUUAUACCUUUAGAACUCGGAGGAAUAGUACAACGAUUAUGAGCCGUCAUAGCCUGUUGCUGUCGUCCUCGCCUAACCGUGUUCCUAGCAGCAGGCUGCAUCAGAUCAAAAGGGAGGAAGGCAUGGAUAUGAUGAACAGGGAAACUGCACACGAACGGGAAGUGCAGACAGCAAUGCAGAUAAGCCAGUCAUGGGAUGAGAGCUUGAGCCUGAGUGACAGCGAUUUUGAGAAGCCGGAGAAACUAUAUUCUCCUAAAAGGAUUGACUUCACCCCGGUGUCUCCAGCACCAUCUCCCACUAGAGGAUUUGGAAAGCAAUGUUUUUCACCAUCCUUACAAAUGUUUGUGAGCAGCAGCGGGCUGCCCCCGAGCCCCGUUCCUAGUCCAAGACGCUUCACCAGCAGGAGGAGUCAGAGUCCAGUCAAGUGCAUCAGGCCCAGUGUUCUUGGUCCUCUGAAAAGAAAAGGUGAAAUGGAGACAGAAAGCCAGCCCAAGAGGCUCUUCCAAGGCACUACCAGCAUGCUGUCUCCAGAGGCUGCACAACUGUCUGAUCUCAGUUCAUGUUCAGAUAUUUUGGAUGGCAGUAGUAGCAGCAGUGGCUUAUCCUCAGACUCACUGGCUAAAGGCAGAACAGCCGCAGAGUUUCCAGUAGCAUGCUCCAGUCCAUGCUCUCCGUUCAUCUUGAUGGACGAUCUCUCACCCAAGUGACUUACCCAUUUCUGAUUCAGCGUUCUUAACUGCCGUUCCUUACGUAAAAUUUGCAGUGAGGAACGCAGAGAACUUUGAUCCAUAAUGAGGAUUAAAGUGUGACAGGCUGAAAAAAAACCAAAAAAAACAUUCCGAUGCCAUUCUGUGUGGCAUCUCUCUUCUCUAAAAGUUCAGUUUUAUGAGUGUAGUGACCUUACGUAUGUCUCUUUUUUGCUGAUCUCAUUUUGGAUCUAGUGACUAAAUCUCCAAUACUCAUUUUUGAUUGCUCAGUAUAUAUAUAUAUAUAUAUAUAUAUAUAUAUAUAUAUAUAUACAUACAUAUAUAUAUAUAUUCCUCGGUGCCUCAAAGAGCACCUAUUAUAGAGCCUGUACGUUUAAGGAAAGCACUGAUGUGUAUUUUCAACAGUGGUUCUUUUUCCCAGCAGCAACACGACAGCUAAAGUUGAUCAGAAAUUCUCUUGCUUGAGAGAUUUGGGGGUUUUUUUUUGUUGUUGUUCGUGUUUUGUUUUGUUUUGUUCUCUGUUGACUACAUAGUUUCAGAUCUCUUUAUUUCACAAUAACAGAUGGAUUGCUUUCGAUUAUAUUAAAUUUUUGUUUUUCUGCAUCAGCUUCAAGUACAUUUUGUUUCCUUUUCCUGUUUGAGCUGCUUACUUGCCAUUUCUCACAGAGGGGAAGAAACCCGUAGUCGCUUUCAUUACUACUCAUAUCGCUUCUUUGCCGGUGGAGUGUAUGACGUGAGGAUUGAUUUUAGUGCUGAGAAUGUAAAUGGACUUGACAGGAUGCCUGGAUGACUCUCCACAGGUUCUUAUGCCUUAGCCACAGUUGAUAUUUUUCUCCCCAAACCUGUUGCCCAAAGGAAUAUAUAAAAUAUUGUUAAUGUUUCUAGGUGGUGUUAUCAAGGAGAAGAAAUCCCUGCCUUGACCAGAUGUGUGGAGCAUCUACAAAUGAAUGAAUAAUGUUAUUUACACCCAAAGCACUGUGUAGAAAAGCAUGCAUGGGGCUUGACAGCUUGUCUCGGUGGUAUUACGAGGCCUGAGGUGCCUUGGGGUACAGUGUUGUGCUGUAAAGAUGGAUGUCUUAGGGUAGAAAAGGGGGCUUUAAUGUGUCUGAUUGCCACAUACUGUUUUGAUUGCUGCUUUUUUUUUUCUGAUUACUUUUCUGUCCUUGGAUUUGUUGGUUUUGUCUCGUGGUGAGUGUGUGCUGCUGCUGACUCUGUUUGGGUUAUCGUGUUGCCACCAGAGUCCAAAUCCAGUUCUUGUCGAUGCUGCCUCCUAGUAAGGGCAAUUUAAUAUCUGUGAGGAAGCUUUUAGGAGCUGAAAAAAGUCGAUGUUACUGUGCAUUCUGCUUUUAAGGAGCUGUUUGAGCUGUGAACAGUGUACAUGAUAGUAAGUCCGAGGUACCGUAAGUUAUUUAAUUUUUAAAAGAGGAAAAUCCUGAUAGAGCUAUUUAAAAAAAAAAAAAAAAAACGAGUGUAAUCUAUCGUUGUGUUAUUUAUUAUUUAAAACUGUGUAAAAAUGUCUUGUGCUUGGUUGCUUUUUAAUGUUCAGACAUCGUGGUUGGAUUGUCUGUGUUUAAUAUGCAAAUUUGCCUGCUAGGAUCACAAUAUUCCACUUUUGAAAUGAAUGUAAGAAAUGGAAACUACUGCCCCUGUGUCCUUUGAAGGCAAAGAUUCUGAAUUUUGAAGGAAGAUGAUGCGCUUUGAGGGGGCUCACAGAAUAGUCCUACCGUAUGGCUUGAGGGGAAAGCUGUCCUCUUUGACUUACAAGAGAGCAUCACUUAGCUUUGCAGUGAGUAGUUCUGUUCUGGCAUCCGAGGUGGGGUUGAUUCUAAACUGUACUAACUGCCCCGAUGGCCAUUAAUGGCUUGAUUUCUUGUAUUGCUUUCGCCCGUGCAAGGUCCCUCAGCUUUCAAGCGCAACAUCAAUGUACAUACUAUGAAGCGUGUUCCCUAGCGCGCCAUUUUUAAAGAAUUACUUCGAUGGUAUCCAGUGUGUCUGUCCUGUUUCUGAAAGCACCGCAUUCAAAUGUUUCUGCCCAUAUAAUGCCAAGAGAUGGUUUUCUCUUUUACAGGCUAAUCAUCCACUUCUGCACUACUGUCUUCUUUGCCUUAAAGGGAUACUUUUGGCCAUGAUAUUUUUUUUGGCUCUAAUUUAGGACUCGUAAGAAACAACCUUUGGAAUGUGAUGGUAUUUCAAUUUCUUCUUGAGAUCCAGUGGUGGGUGAGAAUUGGGACAGGAAAUUGUAGUCAUUAACAGUAGUGCGAGAACUAGGAGACAAGAUGAGUCACUUCAUCGUUGAAACCGGGGUUCAUUUUUAUUGUUCAAAUUGACUAGAAAGUUAAGUUUAUGCAGGGAUUGUUUUGGAAAAAAUAAAAGAUAGAGAUGCUAGCCUUCAGAUGAGUUUUGUUGACAGUACCCCUUUAUUUUUAUAUGAAGUCUAAUAUUUGAAAAGUGGUCAUUAUUAUAAAGUAAAAUUCUCUCUUCCUAUUCUAAUAUAUCAUAUUUCAGGCUUCUAUUUGAAAGCAAGUACAAGAGAUGAUAUGAUAAAAUCCUACAGAUGCUUUUUUUGCUUGACUAACUUAUAUAAUCAUACUCUGUUUCAUGAUAACUGCUUUUGGAAUAAAUAAUAGGAAGUUUUGUGAAAUGCUGACCUUGUGUAUAUCUUAGAAUGCAAAUUUAAUAAAAUGUGUACACAUGCAUAAAAUUC